UAUCAACAACCACAGCAGCUCAGUGUGAAUGACUUAAUAAGAAUACGUGAAAAACAAGUGCGUUCUGCAUAUUUAUUGAAAUAUGGUAACAUUGUCGACGGUGCAGGUUGGGAUGAUUCGAUUAAGUCUGUUGCAGUUUCAACACUCAAGCUACAGAUAAUGGCUGCCUCUCAGAACUCUCAAGUUAAGAUAGAUGUAUCCGAUAAAUCCCAAGAUUUCAGGCAAGCUACUUUCAUAAUGUACAAUUGUGCAAGAUUAGCCAAACUCUUCCAUCACUAUGAAGAAAGUGUACAACAAGGUCAUUAUCCACCUUUGCCGCAGAUCGAUGAAGUUGACUUUAGCCUUCUGCGAGAAAAGGACGAAUGGAAACUUUUAGUCUGUUACGUCAUGCAAUACCCGGCUGUAGUGCGAGAUGCCUUAAAUGAUCUUCUAUCGCCGACUCACGACUCUAUUGUGACUGUUAACAUCAAUAAGAUGUGCUGCUUUCUACUGGAUCUUUGUAAGGACUUUAGUUCAUAUUAUGGUCGGACACAUGUGCUCGGGGAACCAAGACCUCACUUAUUUCCGUCAAUGUUUGCUAGACUUUAUCUAUUAAAGGCUAUACAACAGGUUUUUCACAACUGCCUGGCCUUGAUGGACAUACAGCCUCUUACUCAGAUGUGAACUACAGUAUUAUAAASUACUAUAAACGUGGACUACAGCAUUGUACAGUCAUUUGCAAAAAAUCUGAACCCCUAAUAUAUUAUUACAUACAUCUUGUGAAUCGUGGGUAAUUUCAUGUGAUUGCACUCUUAUCUCGCUAGAUGAGAUUGAAAGUCAGUCAUACUCUUUGGAAUUAUGACACCUAUUUCAUGAAAGAUUGCUGGAAAACUUGCACGACCGAAAGGAGUUAUACUUUUUUCUUAUUGAUGGGAAAUAAUAACUGAUUUAUACUGCAAAACAGUAUGUGGUAAUCAUAGGCUCCAUUUAGUCUCCAUUUUCAAUAAGCAAGGUUAACCCAGCAAGUAAAAUUUUAUAAYAUAACAGGGCGACCAAAGUCUCAUGAUCCCCGCAGCGACAAUCGCCGUUCGCCGUUAUCCCUGACAAGGUUCUUUGGAAUAAUGAUAUACUUAUUUAGGAUUUUUCAAACGUAUCAUGCUGUAUAAAGGCAAAUGAAAAGGUGGCGCGUGUAACAUCAGCCACACUAUAUAUUGAUCUUUUUAUAUAUGUUACCGGUCAAAUGUUUUUAAACUGACUCGUAAAGUUUUUCUAAAUAACUGAAAUAACUGAAAAAUGAAAUCAAAAUUUCAACUGCUGCCAUAAUUGCAUGAAUGAUUUUUUUUUUGUUGUUGUUGUUUUCUUAUUUACUCAUGAAAUUCGCUUGUGUCCUUCUUCCUUUACGCUGAUCUUUCUACUUUUGGGCUUCCUGUCUUCCUUAUUGUGAUCAAGAGAGACUGCUCAAAGACCAAGGUUCCGGCCGCAGUUCCCGCUCGGCCAAGAGUAUACCAGAGGGAUCCCAAAAAAGGCCUGUUGGCUGCAGAGGAGCAAGGGUUUACAUCAAAUAAAUGAGUUUAGAAUAAUUUUAAUUAAACAUUUUAAUAUUUAAAUUUAAAUUGGAAUAAAAAGUUAAAAUUUUAAUUAGAGGGCUGUAGUAUGCAUACGUGAAAAACUUUAGAGAUGUUGAGCAUGCACUGGCGUGAACUACACCGUUUUGCUGCGUUUAUUAGAAGCGAAGGAAUAUUGAUUUAAGUGAAGACGCAUUGUCGACAUGUCCGCAUUGUCAUUAUAGCAAACAGAUAGACAUACAAUAGCGCGAACUGAGUUUAAAGAGAACGAUGGAACGUUAUUAAAGUUCCUAUGACGCCUGAAACAAUUGCUGAUUCUCUUUGAACUCAUUCUAUAUAAAGUAAACAAUUAAAUGGUGAAAUA